AUGCUACCCCAAUUACUUGUUGGCAAGGUAGCCGCCAUCACCGGUGGUCUGACCGGCAUUGGACGGGCCAUUGCGCUCGACUAUAUCCGGCACGGCGCCAGUGUCGCAAUCAGCCACCUGGGCGGACCAAAAGAAGACGACCUCCUGCAAGCUCUGAAGAAAGACGUCAACGAGAUCGAAGAAGGCGCUGCUGAAACCCGCUUCAUCACAGUUUCAGGCGAUAUUUCGCAACCCGAGACAGGCAAGAAUUUCGUUGCGAAGACGGUCGAGGCAUUUGGACGUCUAGACGUGUUCGUGAGCAAUGCCGGGGUUUGCCAAUUUGCCGACUUCCUCGAACUUGAACCCUCCCUUCUGAACCACACCGUCUCCACCAACCUCUCCGGAGCUUUCUUUGCCACACAAGCCGCUGCGCGCCAGAUGGCCUUGGUUCAAUCUCCACCCGGUGGCUCCAUUAUCGGUAUAAGUUCCAUUUCUGCGCUCGUCGGUGGUGGAGAACAGACACACUACACACCCACCAAGGCUGGUGUUUUGAGUUUGAUGCAGUCCUGCGCUGUGGCAUUGGGUAAAUAUGGUAUCCGUUGCAACGCCUUGUUACCGGGAACCAUCCGUACGCAGCUGAAUGAUGCCGAUAUGGCUGAUCCGGUCAAGAAGAAGUAUAUGGAAGGACGCAUUCCGUUGGGUAGACUUGGUCAGCCUCCAGAUUUGGCUGGGCCGGCUGUUUUCUUGGCCUGUGAGGAGUUGAGUGGCUACGUGACUGGUGCGCAGCUUUUGGUUGACGGUGGACUCUUUGUCAAUCUACAGUAA